GGGGCGCUGAUUAGGGAUGGUGCAGCAGCCGUGGAAGUGGCGGCUGCCCGGGCUCUGAGCUGGGGCACCGGCCGGCAUGGGGCGGUGGCGGGGUCUGCUUCGGGCGCUGGACGGUUUCUUCCUCUUGCUGCUGCUGCUGCUGCUGCCGCCGCCGCCUCCGUCUUUUGCGGCCGGCGCUGCUGGAGAUCGCCCGUUGCAAGUGCUGCACGGCUGCCUAUUUGACAGGAGGCUAUGCUCUCAGCAGGAAGUCUGUGUGAAAGAUGGUUUAUUUGGCCAGUGCCAGGAAAGUUCCUUGCAAGACCAGCCCUACUUUCAGGUCACCGCACCAGUGCUCCAGCGUUUGCAAGAUAUUCUCCGGCAUCUUAUGGCACAAGGUUUAUCAUGGCAGGAUGACCUUACACAGUACGUGAUUUCCCAGGAGAUGGAACACAUCCCUAGGCUUUACCUUCCAUCUUCAUGGAAUUCUGCAGCUGCGGAUAGGUUCCCACCUCUUCACCUAGUUCCCAGGAGAUCCUCUUUGUCAUCUCAGCCCUCCUCCCCUCAGGGAGCUCACCAGCCUCCUCUCCCCCCAGCACUCCUGCAGCGGUAUUUGGAGUUGCUAUUGGCCUCUCAGCCUGAGCUAGGUCACAAGAAUGCUUUCCUGUCUUCUUACCCUCAUCACCAGUUCAGCUAUCCAGACGGCACCUUCCAGGACAGUUCCAGUGCUCACAACCCAAGGUCUCCCAUUUUCUUAGACCAAGCUGCUGCUUCCAAGGUCCUGAUGGGUGCCAGCACUGCUCCCUUCUAUAGGGAACAGCAGGGGCUGGAGGGAGCUCAACUUUUCCAAGAUCUGGGGGCACUUUACUUAACCCAGGAGCAGACAGGUAAAUCCAGAAAUAGGGCCCAGAGCAAGCAGGAUUCCAAGAUAGAGUAUCCUCUUCAAGACAGUGGUGACAACCCUGAAAACAGAGCAGAGCCUCAAACACACUUGACUGAGCCAGAUAGGCUUGUACAGAGACUUACAGCAGUACUUGCCAGCUAUGGGAUUAGACCACAGGACAUGAUCCAGUUCCUUCAGAGUACCAAUAAGCGUGCUGGUAGGCUUGAACAAGAGGCUCUGGAGUCGAAGCGGGUGACAGAAGCAGAAAUGCAGCAUGGGGAGGAACUGGAGCUGCUCCCCUCUCAAGAAGACUCUGUCAGUGUUAUUCCCACAGAGGGGCAAAUUCAGGCCCAUGGAGAGACACUUGGCUCAACUGAGGCCCAUGUGGCAAUGACAACAUCUCCCCCAGAAUCACACAAGCCCUUCCGCCCUGGGGAAGGUGAUACCAGCAGUCCUGAGGAGCAGGUGGUGAUGGUGAAGAAGAGCCGCAUGGCAGUGGGUGUACUCAGCAGGGAUGAGGAGCAGCCAGAGACACCGUUGGCUGCAGAGGAAUAUGGCUACGUUGUCACUGACCAGAAGCCAUUAAGUCUUGCUGCUGGCAUUCGUCUCCUUGAAAUCCUGGCUGAAAGUGUGCACUUAUCUACUGCCAGCUUCAUCAACAUUAGUGUGUUGGGCCCAGCUCUCACGUUCCGCAUCCGUCAAAACCACCAAAACUUGUCUCUGAAUGAUGUCGUCAAUAGGGCUGCCCUGGUGAAGUCAGAGCUGGAAUCAGAGGUGCGAGUAAAGAUCCUACAGAUGGGUGUAGGACAGCGCAAUGAGGCUGCAACCUACCCCCAUCCUGCCCAUUUUGGCAACACCUUCCGCUCUGUGCUGCUCACUUUUGUGUUACUGGCCUGUGUGGCCGGCAUCGUCAUUGCUGCUGCUGUGGUCUUUUGUCUGCGCCAACACGCCAAGCAGCGGGAGAAAGAGCGGCUGGCAGGACUGGGGCCAGAGGGAGCUGCCGACAGCACCUAUGAAUACCAGGAGCUCUGCAGACAGCACAUGGCUGCCAAGUCCCUGUUUGGCCGUGCAGAAGCCCCUCCACCCCCUGCUCCUGCCGAAAACUCCCGCGUCAGCAGUGUCUCCUCGCAGUUCAGCGAUGCACCCCAGGCCAGUCCCAGCUCCCACAGCAGCACGCCAUCUUGGUGUGAAGAGCCUGUGCAAUCAAACAUGGACAUCUCCACUGGGCACAUGAUUCUGGCAUAUAUGGAGGACCAUCUACGUAAUCGUGAUAGGUUGGCCAAAGAGUGGCAAGCACUGUGUGCAUACCAAGCAGAACCAAACACUUGUGAUGCUGCCCAGCACGAAGGCAAUGUCAAGAAGAACCGCAACCAAGGUUAUGUGCCCUAUGACCAUGCACGCAUCAAGUUGAAAAUGGAAACCAACCCGUCGCGGAGUGACUUCAUUAAUGCCAGUCCCAUUAUUGACCAUGAUCCACGGAUGCCAGCUUACAUUGCAACGCAAGGUCCAUUGUCCCACACCAUUGCUGAUUUUUGGCAGAUGGUAUGGGAGAAUGGCUGCACAGUCAUUGUCAUGCUGACUCCCUUAGUGGAGGAUGGCGUCAAGCAGUGUGACCGCUACUGGCCUGAUGAGGGAUCCUCGCUGUACCACAUCUAUGAGGUGAACCUGGUCUCAGAGCACAUCUGGUGCGAGGAUUUCCUGGUGCGCAGCUUCUACUUGAAGAAUGUGCAGUCACAGGAGACACGGACUCUGACACAAUUUCACUUCCUGAGCUGGCCAGCAGAGGGAAUCCCCACCACCACUCGGCCUCUUCUCGACUUCCGCAGGAAGGUGAACAAAUGCUACCGGGGCCGCUCAUGCCCAAUCGUCGUACACUGCAGUGAUGGUGCAGGAAGGACUGGAACAUACAUUCUUAUUGACAUGGUUCUAAACCGAAUGGCGAAAGGUGUGAAGGAGAUAGAUAUUGCAGCCACCUUGGAGCACGUGAGGGACCAGAGGCCAGGCAUGGUGCAGACUAAGGACCAGUUUGAGUUUGCACUGACAGCCGUGGCAGAGGAAGUGAAUGCCAUCUUGAAGGCGCUGCCACAAUGAAGCCCCUAUUCAGCGUACCCCAACUUGGUGACUCCCCAACCUGACCCUUUGCCUCUGCUGUUGCCGUGUUCUUGCCUAGGGUGUUCUCCCUUCACCUUGUCUCAUCUCCAUGUUGUUCACCAUGGCUGCAUUUAACUGCCCUGUGGAAAUGUUGGCCCCUUGCCUACCUGCCCAACUGGGUCUUAUCCAUCCAACAUCCUAACCCUCCUCAUGCUGCUAGGCCUACUCCACCCUGGUCUCUCUGGAAGCAGCCCUUGGUGGAUACAAGAGUGGGUCCCUUUCUGGACAGCCAAAUCACCUCGAGUGCAAACAUGAGAGGAUGUGCGAUGGAGCAAUACAGGGGCUAUAGUCCAAAGAAGAGUUAGCCCCCUUGUGAGAUGCAUUAAAGACCAGUUUUCUGAAGUGCCUACUUUAUGUUUAUGGCCAUUGGUCAAAGCAAGCAAAUUUGCAAUGGGAGGGCUGUGGGCCCCUGUGUAUUUUUUCCUCAGUAUCCUGCUUAGCCCUAGCACCCAAAUGAAUGAGUAGAAAUGGUAAUUCCACAGCAGAAGCUAUGUUACGUCAACUGCCAGUUUCCAUCCUUCUUCCCUCUCUAAAUUUCACUGCCUGAUCCUGUACCAACAGCAGGGGGAGAGUUUAUACUGCUUCUGCGCUCAUUGUUGUCCCAUGUCUGUCCCCCUUCUCUCUUUCCUGCAGGCCUGGAGCCAAGCCUAGUCACAACCAUUUGCUCCCUUCCCCAAAGGGAGGAAGGGUACGUCACAGGGAGAUGGCCUUACAGCUGCUAAUUGCUGUGUUGUCUCCCUACUUUCUCCUGGGUGUUACUUAUCACAAAGAGACAUUUCUAGAGAAUCUAAUUUUGUAUUUGAUGUGAAUAAAGGUUUUGUGUCGCAUUUGUGCAGCUGCA